AGGUGUGGUUGGAUCGGUUACACAUUCCAAUCGUGGUCGCGGUUUCACGUGAAACCGUCCGAGUCGUCGCACAUGGCAGGACGCAGCGAUACCAUCGCUAGAGUAUUUUUGAAUGAGUAGUCUGAGCUGCAGCGACCUCGCGGCGGACAAGAGGUCGGUAGCGCGUGGAGCGUCCAUCGUCCCAAGCUCCCGCCGACCUGGCGCGAAUACAGCAGCACUCGACGAGCUCCUUAAAGUGAGCGACACGCUGCUCAAGGUGACGCCGCACCCGCCGUCCACAGCCAAUGUAGAUGCAAAACCAACCAAAUGGCUUGGCGAGUCGUCGCAAGAUCUGUGUGAAAUCCAGCAGUCCGUCGAUCGGCUCAAGUUGCAGAGAUUACAAGUUGAGCACAUCCGCAAUGACAACGAGCGCCUCGAGGCCGAGUUGCACCAAAAGAUCGUUGAGAUUGGAGAGCUUCGGGUGGAGUUGGAACAUCUUCAAGACGUCGAAGCCGACAACGAACGCCUUCGGAGUCGCGUCCUACAGGUGGAGGGAAAGUUGGAGCGGCUGGACGCUGCAUUUCGAGACCAGCGCCAAGAACUCGAGGACGCUCUAGACACGCGCGUCGCCCUCGAAUCGAGAUGGCGGGAAGCGGCUGAAACACUGCAAAAGGCGGUGGACGAGACGACUCGAACGUACCAAGGCAAACUCAAAACGAUGGAAGAGGACCUGGAAAAGCGAGCGGCCAAGAUCGUACGUUUGGAAGAGGCGAUCGAAGAGACAAAAGCUGUGGCGGACCACCGGGAAAGCAAACUCGAGCACAAGAUCUCGCAGGUUGAAGCGAUGAACGUGGCGCUGGAGAAGCAGACUGCGACGGGCAAUGCUUCGUGGGAGGCAGAGAGAGCUCGCCUCCUCAACGAGUUGGCGAAUGCCGAGAAAAAGAUCGCGGCACUCGUUGCCACGACGGCUCGACAAACGACCAUGAUCCACGAAUGCGAUCGAGCGAUCGCCGACUCGGAGGACCGAAUGACAAAGUUCCUCAAGCGGAAAACCUCCAUGAACAAAGCACAGGCGGAGUUGGAGGCCACAAUCCAAGCGUUGGAAGGCCAAAUUCAGCUGCAGCAAGCCGAAUCGGCUCAUCAAGCACAGACGCUGCAGGCGCUGCUCCACGGACUGGAAACGAAAUGCGAUGAAAAAGACAAAAAAGUGAUCGAGUUGACGGCGUUGGUGGCGACGAUCGACCAGCGAAAUGAAUCCAACCACCAAGAGCAUGUGAAACGCGAGCGCCAUCGAUUUUACUUGGACGAGCAAAACAAGGCGCUGCUGAAGCGCGAAAAGAAGAUGCAAGGCGACAUGACAGAGCUGAGCAUGGCACUGCGGGACAUGGCCGACGAGAAGCGGGUGCUCGAAGACAAGGUCAAGUCGCUGCUCGCCCAACUCGAACUCGAACGAGAAGAUCGUACAAAAUGGGCGAGUUCGCGUAUGAAGCUUCUGGCGCAGUUUUGUGACGAAGAGAACAAGCUGACGUCGUCGCUCAACGCGCACGUGUCGUCGGCUUACAACCACCGCAAGUGAGCGCUGCCACGUCAUGGGCGAUUUGUGCUACCGCCGCCACCUCCCCGAGGAUCGCAUCUCGUUAGGAUAAUCCCGAUCCAUGCAUCGAGUGUGACGCAAAACACCACGUUUUAUUUAUCACAGCCCAAAGACGUGGCCGUCCGCGACGACAAUCGCGCGUAGCCGAACGAAUCGUUCGUGACAAGCAAAGGUAACUUCCGUGAGCAUUGUCCUUGCCCGCAUCGCCAGUCUUGUCAGCAUCCCCCACGAACGGAUUCAAAGAGACUCGACUUGCCAAGAGCGUCCUUCUUGACUAGACCGAUCCAGGGGCGGUUGUGAAUGUGUACAACAAGUAUGGGCCUUCGAUCUCAAAGCCAAUGCGCUGAUACGCCUUGUUCGACGCUGGGUUGGCCGCGUCAGCAAAAAGACAGAUGCGAGCGGUCUGCGACGAGUUGGAUUCUCGCAAGUGCUGGCUCAGAGCGGCCGUAAGAGCCGACGCGUAGCCCUUGCAGCGCUCCGUUGGCGUAAUAAAGACGGACCCGAUGCGGUACACGGUUUCGCCAUCGACUUCGACGGCGGGAGCGUAGCUGGCAAACCCCACGGGCUUCCCGUCAACCUCCCAUAUGAACAUCGAGUGUCGCUUGAGUCUACUUGCGACAAACGUCGGUGCUUCAUGGGCAGAUGAUCCCAUGUAUGCAAAGAACUCGGAAGCCCAACCUGUGAGCAACAUCGCAUCCGUGUUGCCACUCGCGACUCGCAUGUUGCCGGCAACGUUCGACGAGGACGGCGGCCGGAGAUCCCGCAGAGAGUACAAAAGCAGCUCGUGUUUCAGCACGGCUGAAGUCGGCGUCAAUCGAUGGCGGCAGUAGCUGCCAUUAAAAGCGAGGGUGGCGGCGUGUGCACCUCGCACUUCUUCGAGUACCGUGUCGAUCGUGGUUGCGACGAGUUUGCCCAAGGCCGUGGCUUCGUCGGUCGACAUGUUGGGGCUCAAUAGGAGGCCACUGGAGCAGCUAUACAAUGCGAACGACGUCACCCUGACAUCUUGUCCAGUGCGAUCGCUGCCGUCGGAGGCUGUCGCAACAAAGUACCGAUGGUUGUCGGGAGGGUGGGCUCCCAUGACCACUCCGAUGGCGAUGCUGGCAAUCUUGUUGGUGCCAAUUCGAUCGAGCUUCCGCAGGGACAGCGUGACGUCGAGAAAGACGCUGGGGUCGGCAACGCUCUGAAAGGUCGACCUGGUCCGUACCAUCGCACACCCCGGCGGCAGAUCGCGC